UAAAUUCGUGUUCCGGUCUUCCUAAACAGCAUGGCGAAUUUAGAGCAUGCAGAAGACGACCAGCAACAUGUGAAAAUGUCUAGUGAAAUUAUCACCACUAGUGCUGAAGUCCAGCCGGCCGUGGGGUCCUCAGCACCGGCCAGAGACGCGGGUGCUCUCCUGGGCUCGAUCCCGUCGUUCGCCGCCGCUGCGGAGCUGCUGUCAGCGCCGUACUCGUGUCUGGUGAUGAACACGCACCGGAGACACAUCGCACUGCCGCCCAUGUACCUGAGCAAGAAGAGGACAGGGAUCCAGGAGGAGCUGGAGGGAGAGCUUCUCAGGUUCUCACAGAGUCUGAAGGGAGUCCCCCUGGCUUAUGAGAACAUCAGCAUAUUGGGCCAGCAUGGAUGCAUCUACGACGACAGCGGCUUCAUCCACAUGAACAUAGAGGCUAACUUUAUUGUCUUUCAGCCCGAGAGAGGACAAAAACUGCUGGGUAACGUCAACAAAUUAGGAGUAAGCCAUGUGGGCUGCCUUGUGCACGGUUGCUUUAACGCCAGCAUCCCUAGACCCAACCUGGUUUCUGUGGAGACGUGGCGGGACGCAGGACCGAGAAUCGGAGCAGAGCUGGAGUUUGAAGUGACUGCACUCGAUGCUGACACUGCGGGGGUGCUGCUGAUCAGAGGAGGACUGAACAGGACCAGGGUUCAAGAGCUGCUGGCUAUGGCUGAGUGCUCGGAGUCCAGCAUCCCCACAGACCAGCAAGAACUGCCAGAACCUGAACCAGAACCCGAACCAGAACCCAUGGAGGAGUCUCCUGAAGACACCCCGAAGAAGAAAAAGAAGAAGAAGAAAGACAAAGUCAAAGAAGAGGAGAUGACGACACCCUCCUGCCAAUUGGACGGAGACACAACAGCAGAGCUGAAUGGAACAAUGAACGACGAAAAUGGCAAUGAAGCCGGUGAGAAAAAGAAGAAAAAGAAGAAACGUAUGAAGGAGGUGGAGCUCUCUCGCAUGGGGGUCAAUGGCAGUGACUCAAGCGGAUACCUUAGUGACAAGCCGAGCACAAAGAGGAAACUUGAAACUGACACAGAUGUCCGAUCUAGCUUAAUUGAAAAUCCUGAAGCACCAAAAUCCAAGAAGAGAAAAAGUAACAUUGCCUGAAAAUUGUUUCGCUGUUUGGAAAUCAGGUUGAUUGUGUGUAAUAAUUCAGGCAAUGCAACAUUAAUGACAGCAAAGGACGUGCCUUACGGAUUAAACACAAUUUUUAGCAAGCAAAAUCUCUGGUGGGUUCCUCUCAAACUCCUUACGUUUUUUUUUACAGUGGGUCAAAAUUGUGAAGGAGCCUUUCUACACUCGCAUGUUGAAGCUUUUUAAAGCUCACAGGACAGACUCGAGACUGCAACUCACUCACACAGCCUGAAGAGGGCGCAACACCGCUUCAUACCUCACCAGUGGGGCACAGGCACAGGGGUGAUACCUCAACCACUGCCAUUGUUUAACAGAGAGCAAAAAGGUCUUGAAUAUUGAAUUUAUAGAGCCAAAUAGGACAACAACAAAAAAUGAUAUCCGCAUCUGCUUUGGUACAUUUUCUCCUGCUUGGAUUCUGAAAAAGGACUGAUCAACUCCUCAGAUUGCUAAACUCAGUUUAAGGAACUCAACUUUUCUGAUGCCUGAUGUGCCUCUUUGGAAAGUUUGUCUUGAAUAAUGGCUGCAGUCUAAGGAGGAAUCCUUUUACUCUCAAAUAUUCGCUCUGUUAAAGAACAAAACGAUGCAGUCAAGAAUUUGUGUUUAUGUUCAGGGUUUCAUUCAUAGUUGUAACUGAAACCAAAAUAAGCAUUUGUUAAAUAUUCAUAACUCAUCCUGAUUAAAGAGUUCUAUAUUUGGAAAA